AGUGUCCAAUUUUAGUGCCACCUGCAAGAGCGGUACUUACUUGUUUGCUUGAUCUUAACCAUCAAUUUUUGAAGUUAGUAGACAGAGUGGUGGUUGUUCCCACACGAGAAGUGUGAUUUCCUCCAUUGCAACACUUACACUGCUCCUAGAAUUUUCUUCUUGCCGACCUUCAUUAUUCCCUCGUUCCGAGAAGUUGUGAUGACCUUUUGCUACUACUUACAACACCACGACCUUGUAUGGUGUUACUAAAUUACAUGUACUGCUGGUUCUUGCCACGUACAAUUUUAGUAGUUUUUUCUCAUACAUUAACUUUCCUCCUAGACACCAAAAGGAACACAGAAACUACUGCUCCGAGAAGUAGAGGUAAGUACAACCCGAGAUGGCGCUUUCUUGUUCAUCUCGUCGCUGCUCACAGCCUCGCCUGCGCCAGCUUGUUUUGCAUACGGUGGUGAGUCUCGUCGUCGCGGCAGGCUUUUAUUUUUCCGGUUGUAGUUCUCCUCCUGCUGCGCACGCACUCCAGCUUCAGCCGCCAAGAAGAAGAAGGGCGAAUAAAUCGCAGAGAAGUACGGGGUCGUCCCGAAAUGAUCUCAGCGGCGGCGUGCCCCUACUGCAAACAAGUACUUCUGGGACGUCGCCGAGCUCUGGGUCAUCAAGAUCAUCUGGUGGAGCCGGUGCUAGUACAACAUCAAGCGGACAACUGGAUCAUUCUACCGAAAGUCGUGUAGUUGCGGACAACGACCAGGAAGGACGUCGUAGUUGUGUGAUUUGUCACGGUGAUCUCGAUCCCGAUCCGGAGCACGGACCAAUCGGACGCAUGUGUGCAUACGAAGGUAGUGACGGGGCGGGCCAUGAUGCUCACGCGCGGUGUGCUCGGCAGUGGGGUUUCUGUCAGAUGGCCCAGGGUGGACGGGAACAACCGACGUGCCACUGCGGGCGACCCAUGCAAAUCGACAUGAGCAAUGCUAUCAUCACGCAGGAGGAGUGGGAGGCAACUCUACGUCGAAAGCCGGAAAAUGUAAAUAGAGUUCUACGUCAAAAUGAAAGAUUUCGACUGGCAGAGCGCCGUGCUAAAGAUGGCCAAAUGUGGAUGUCUAUCGGGGGCGGAAUCGCUGCAGCGCAGACAGCUCUCGUUGCCGCCUUUGCCUGGUGGACGGGACACUGUCCCGACCCCCUUUCUGUAGUCUGCCUUAUUCCGCUACCGAGCGCACCCUAUUGCGUGUGUGGAGCAUAUAUGGUCUGUGCGGCAGAAGGGGUAAAGGGCAGCAUUUAUCAUACAGAAAGACCGCGCACGCCCUACUCGACCAGCACAGCACGCCCCUGCUAGUGCACCUGUACAGGGCGGGCCGCCCUUGCAGUGCCACUGGCUAUGAAAAAAAAACGGGCUGCCCCGGGUGUGUCAACUGCCCUCUUCCACUCAUGCAUCAGGGUUUUAGGCAUAGGCGUGCUACGCCUACGAUUACGAAUAGCAGUCUAUAUUGAAAAUCCUGUUAUUUCAGGUUGCCUUUAUCUUCAACGCGGAAACGGUAUUUUUACCACCACCCGGUGCUGCAUUAGUGCUUAGCAGGCCCCCAAACUAGAGAAGGCAGGCGUCAUCACAGCUUUCUAUGAAAUGCAUUUGCAUGCUCAUUUUUUAUAUGCGCGCUGUGCUAUGGACAUGGUCGUCGUGGUGGGUGGAGUGUUCUAGUGCAGCGUGUCUAUCAAGUGAAAAUAUGUCUGGGUCUCGAAGAAGGCAGAGACUUGCCAUGCAGUUUUUGCAACUGCAAGGAGGUUUGUAAUGGUGCACACCAACACCGAGCAUGACGUCACUAGUGUUCCAGACCCAGGCAUAUUUGCAACGCAUAUAAUUGUGGUCUGUUGCAUAGCAAAAGGAAAAGAUUUUUCGCUGGUUUCGAGCAAGACCACAACGAAAGGGAGCGAUUUGUAGCCUAUUUGGAGCGCGACGACGACGGCUGGUGGGUCUCCGACGACUUUUGCUAAGUGGCAUAGGGAAGAAUCGCCUUCUUGCCAGCAUUAAAACGAAUCGGUCGUUGCUGCGCAGAAGUUGUUUACGAGAACUUUUUCCUUACGAAAGAAGUGCGGUUGAAAAUGAAAAUCUCCCUUACAGCCUUAUUCACAAAUCAAUGACUAUCAUUGUAUGCGCAGCUGUCCUCGCAGGAGAUGAAAAAUAUAGUUCGAGGAUUUUUACAAUGUUCGCACACACAAAUUUUUAACGUCCUCGAACAAGAACCGGUGCUAGUUGCACUAUCAUGCUAUGUUCAAAUGAUCCAGCCCCCCCACCGAAAUCUAUGACCACGACGAGAUUUUUCUUUUACGAGCACCAGUGGUAUAAGGGCAAUAGAUUUACAAAUCAGCAUAAGAAGAGCACCGCGCCAAUUCUAGGUUAGGGUAACGCGCGCCUGCCUCGUCUUCAUCUUCAACCCAUUUGAAUUUGGUGGCACAGGGUCGUGUAGUGCAUUAGAAAUACAAAAUUAUAACCGCAUAGCCAGCUUCGCUACGGACGUGCAAGAUUUAUAAGUACUGCACCAUUCUGGAGUUCUGUUAGAUGGCAAGAGAAGACGAGGAAGAAGCAAAGCCAAGUUGCUUGUUUUUCAGGAUGAAAGCCUCUAUACAUUUUUGCCCCCUCCUCCUCUGUGUAUUUUACACGGCGCCCUGUUAUAGGUAUAGCAGCGCCAAAAAAAAGAAUAAGCCCGAAUAAAGCCCGUUUUUUUUCAUCCAGAGCAGACAGAACUGGGCUGAAGGAACGUAGCGGCGGAUGGGAGUUCUGCGUGAUGAAGCGAGAUGAAAUAGCUUACCCAAAGUAAGCACAGACAGAUGAAGAUCCACCAAUUUUUGCAGCCCUACUUCCAGAAAUAAUGACUCUCUGCGCAGCUCCUGCCCCACUCUACGCUCAGCUGCACGACUUUGGUCCCUCGUGAGGAGGAGUUGUCCGCGAAAAAA